CCCCCCCUCCCGGCUAUGGCCACCUGCCGCCUGGCCUGGAGCCUCCUGGUGGUCGCCGCCGUCGCCCCGAGGCCCGGCCGUGGAGUGCACACCGUAAAUGCUGUGUACGGAGAUAUCAUUAACAUGCCUUGCCACCUCGAAGUACCUCAGAGUCUCAUGUUUGGAAAGUGGAAAUACGAAAGAUCAGAUGGCACCCCGGUAUUUAUCGCCUUCAGAUCCUCCACGAAGAAGAAUGUACAGUACGAUGAAGUGCCAGAAUACAAAGACAGAUUAAUUCUCUCAGAGGACUACACCUUAUCCAUCAAUAAUGCAAGGAUCGGGGAUGAAAAGAGAUUUGUGUGCAUGCUGGUGACCGAGGACAACGUAUUUGAGGCGGCCACAGUCGUCAAGGUGUACAAGCCUCCAUCUAAACCCGAAAUUAUCAACCAAUCCAAGUUCCUGGAGACAGAACAGCUGAAAAUGCUGGGGGAAUGUGUUUCAAGAGAAAGUUAUCCUGAAGGCAACAUCACAUGGUACAGGAACGGGAAAGUCCUGUAUCCUUUAGAAGGAGCUGUGGUCAUCAAUACACACAAAUACGUGGACCCAGGAACCCAGCUUCACACCGUGACUUCCACUCUGCAGUACAAGACCACGAAAGGCGACAUUAAGAUUCCAUUCACCUGCUCCGUCUCCUACACCGGGCCUUCCGGCCGGAAAACAAUCCAGUCCGACCCGGCAGUCUUUGAUAUUUACUAUCCCACAGAGAAGGUGACCAUUCAGGUGCUACCCAAAAAUAUCAUCAAGGAAGGGGAUAAUGUCACCCUGAAAUGCUUAGGAAAUGGCAACCCUCCUCCAGAAGAAUAUUUGUUUUUCCUUCCGGGCCAGCCGGACGGGAUAAGGAGCUCGGACACCCUCCUGCUGAUGGACGUGCGGCGCAAUGCCACGGGAGAGUACAGGUGCUCGCUGGCGGACAAAGAAGGCAUGACGGCGUCCACUACCAUCACUGUGCACUAUCUGGAUUUGUCCCUAAAUCCCAGCGGAGCGGUCACGAAGCAACUCGGCGACGCUUUGCCUGUGUCUUGCACCAUAUCUUCGAGUAGGAACGCCACGGUCACCUGGAUGAAAGAUAACACCAGGUUGCGGACGAGCCCGUCCUUCUCCAGUCUCCACUACCAGGACGCCGGACUCUACGUCUGCGAAACCAUCCUCCAGGAGGUGGAGGGCUUACGGAAAAGGGAAUCGCUGAUCCUAACCGUGGAAGGAAAACCUCAAAUCAAAAUGACAAAGAAAACAGAUCCGAGCGGACUGUCUAAGACCAUUACCUGCCACGUGGAGGGUUUUCCAAAGCCGGCAGUGCAAUGGACAAUCACGGGCAGCGGGAGCGUCAAAAACAAGACAGAAGAAUCCCCCUAUGUCAAUGGCAAGUAUUACAGUAAAAUUAUCAUUUCCCCUGAAGAGAAUGUUACAUUAACGUGUGCAGCGGAAAACCAGCUGGAAAGAACUGUAAACUCCUUGAAUGUCUCUGCUAUAAGUAUUCCAGAACAAGAUGAGACAGACGAUAUAAGUGAUGAAAACAGAGAGAAGGUGAACGACCAGGCCAAGCUCAUAGUGGGGAUCGUGGUGGGCCUCCUCCUCGCGGCCCUGGUAGCCGGGAUCGUCUACUGGCUGUACAUGAAGAAAUCAAAGCCACUCCCUCGAACAGUCAUUCACUGUUUGAACCCGCCCUCCAACAGUUUCUCACCUAAGCCCUGCCCCCAAAGUGACAUCAAUGGAAAGUCCGAGAAGGCAGCGGUUCAGAAGUUGCAAACCCUCGUGAGGACAGCGUCCAAGCACGUAAACAAAGAUCUGGGAAAUCUGGAGGAAAACAAGAAGCUCGAAGAAAACAACCACAAAUCAGAAGCUUAAAAGAGGCAUUGUUCCAGUGGUUCCUCCAGAGAAAAAAAACAUAUAGACCAAUUGAAGCAUGAACGUGGAUUGUAUUUAAGACACAUACAAAGACAUGACAGCUAUUCAUGGUUCAAGUAUUAAGCAGUUCAUUCUACCAAGCUGUCACACGAUUUUAGACAAAAUUAUCUCAAGUUAAAAAAACAAAACACAAAAAAAUUUAAAAAAAAAAAAAGAAUUUUGGCAGCCAUGAUAAUAGGUCACCAUGUUGUGUUCUGUUUGAAUUUUUUUUGUAAAUGUCUGCACUGAGGAGUUCUUUUUUUUGUUUGCCUUUUAUGUAAAUUUUUUACGUAGCUAUUUUUAUACACUGUAAGGCUUUGUUCUGGGAGUUGCUGUUAAUCUGAUGUAUAGUGUAAUGUUUUUUUAUUUCAAUUGUUUUUAUGACACUCUUUGAGCAGGAACAUAUCUGAUUCUGAUUGCUAUCAGUAAUGCCUCAAACUUUGUCACGAGGACCUGAAAACCUAAAGGUGGAGGAGGCUCGGGGGGUGUGGUAGGUAUUGUAACAGCUGAAAAAAUAAAUAAAUGCAGAGAGUCAGGUUGGAGGAGCAGAAUAGGUAGCGAAAUUGGGGGUUGUUCCGAAAUCCAAAGCCUCCCCCCACCCCGGGUCCUUUCAUUAUCCCUCUCCGCUAUCUUCACUUCCCCCACGCCAGUGCAAUCAUUCAUCAGAACCGUUACCGCAGAAUUUGGGGUAGUACCUAUGUCUAUAGAAAGCUGCUAAGCAUUUUCCUUUCAAAACCGAAAGGGAGGCCAAUUCAGUGAUGGAAGUUUGGAAAUCGUAAAUUGCUCGGACAGGUCCAUAAUUCACACUACGAGUGACUGGAAUUUCACAUCUUGUCUCGAAUCCUUUUUCGUUCUAGCCACUAUCUGCAAAACAUCUUCACUCCAUUCCAAAGGAUAUCAGUCAGAAUUGGAGAUUUAUAACAGUGGUCAUUAUCGAAGCUGCAUUGUUUUCCACAAAAAAUAGAAUAUAUAUUUUUUUCGUGUGUGUUUUUGUUAACUACGCUACAGAUAUUGAAUGCACCUUGAGAUAAUUUAGUGUUUUUAACUGGUACAUAAUUUAUCAAGCCGUACAUGGAAGUGUAACAAUGAAAUGUCUACGUAUCUUUAGUUACAUAUGGAUUUGUAACUUUAUAAACACGUUUUGCGCUUGAGGAAAUUUCUAGGAUGGUAGUGUAAAUGGAGACACUUUGAGGUAGGCUGACUACGGGCCAAUAGUGUUCUUGUGAUUAGACUUUUAAACUUUUCCUCUUUCAAGCAGAAGCUUGGUUUCUGGGAGAACACAACACAGCCAUUUUUGAUCCCAGUGGUUCAAUAACUUUGUCAAAUGAACCAAACAAUAGAUUUUCAUUCACGGGAUAAGGAUCUGGGAAAAAAAAAUACUAAACUGAUGUGAUGUUUUUAUAAACCGGUGGAAUGAGAAGGAGAAGUUAGUGCAACACAUGGAAGAUUCAAGUGAGAUGGAAAUUGGGAAUGAUAUUUUGCCACUUCUGCAUUAUUUAGAAACACACUGUUAUUGUAAAUUUGUAAAAUGUGAAAUGUCUGGGCAGUAGUGACUGAUGUCUUAAUAAAAGCUUCCUGUAGUGCAUUGGUAUGGAUUAAAUACAUAAAAUGUCCUAUACACUCUAUGCUGUAUAAAAUAUUAGGGAAGAAAAAGAAAACAUGUUAUAUUGCCUCUCAACUUUGAUUUGUUCAAGUUUCAUUUGACAGGAAAAAAAACGACGACAAAUAAAUUGAAUCUCGGUCAACAUUUAAACCAAAGUGAAAGGGGAAAUGAACCAAAGUCAUUUGUUCUGCAUGGCUAAGCCAUUCUGUUAUCUCUGUAAAUACUGUGAUUCUUUCCUUUUCCUUUCUUUUUAGAAUUUUGUUAAAAAAAUUCUAAAUUUUUAAACACCUGUUUUCCAAAAUAAAACGUGAACACUAAAAAAAACAACUAUUACUUAUAUAUAAAUAUAUUCUUUUCUUUUGGGGUGGGGGAAGGCUGGCAAAGUCCGAGCGCUGAGGUACAUUUGCAGAAAGCACUGAAAAGACGGGGUGAUGGUAGAAUCCUUGGGCUUGGGAUAGUUAACUGAAUCCUCGAAUAGCUGUCCACACCUAGAGACCAGACCGUCAGAAAUAGAGCCAGUCUAGGACGAGAGAGACGCAGAGGCAGAGAGAUGGCGAGAAAGAAUGCCCGCCCAGCCGCCCGAGAUGGAGGAAGAGAAAGAACAAUCCGGCCCCGUCCUCUCUCCGUCCACAGUGCUAAGGAGGAAGAUCGGAUGCGGUCCUCACCUUUUGGGGCUUCUUCUACGUCGUCUCUUCAGUUUAACCCACUUUGGCAACCGGAGGCAGGUUUCCCAGUUCAAGGUUCAGUCCCUGCCGGCGAUUGCAGGAACUGUGUGUGUGCGUGUGUGGAAAUGAAUUAACAUGCCCGUCUGUGCCUAAAAGAUAAUAAAACCGAAGUCUGUCUUCACA